UGCUGUCUUUACACACUUGUUUGUGACCAGCUGACUUUUGUCGGCUCCGUGCUUUGUCGCGUACUACAAAAUGAAAAUUAGUUCUGUGCCUCUUAUGGCUUUUUCAGUCGUGUCGCAGAGAGAGCUAGCAAAGCAACCAACCGCUAACCAGCUAUGUUUAAGCUACCAAGUAUACAUGAAACAUCAGUGCGCUCAUUAUCCUUCUCACUACGUUCUAAUUUUCUAUUUCUUUUCAUAAUUGGCACUUGAAAUACAAUGAAGUCUUGGGGGCACGUUGUUGCCUAGAUAAACAUACGAUUCCAUCUCCUAAUGAAGCCACCCACCUUGGCUAUAAAGAGGGAGGAGCGACUCCGGUGUUAUGUUGUGUUGUUUCUAUUUCCAACGCCACCAAAGCCUCCUUUAGGUUAUCACUAUUGCCUUGACAAUGAAUGACUACGCUUGAGAGAGGAGGAAAUGACCUAGAGGCCUUACAGAUACAUUUGUGCUCUUUGCCACUUCCAAUCUGCAUCCGCAGAGAGCGGCAUCAACUGGAAGCACAUUUCGUUUCCGCGGCGAGUUCCACCUACCUCAGCCGGCACUUUGGACACGGGAGAAGCAGGAAGCCGGCGGUGGGAGGCGGACGCACAGAGCCGUGCUUUUCAGAGCAGCAUCUCCAGACGGACUGGAUCCGUCAAGCUAGCGCCUGAGCCUCAUCCCUAGCAUCCAGCGUCUAUUUGCAUGGUUUUUUUUUUUCAGUUUUUUACUUUUGUAACUCUUUGCUCUCCAUACUGUUGACCAGUGUUUGGUUUUGCUAAUUUUUGCUUUCAACCUGGAAAGUGAUUUUCUACUUUCAUUGGUGAAGUGCGCUAAAGAUUUCUACAUGUACAAAGUGUUUAUACGCUAUAGACUGUAUGAAGAAUGAUCUUUUUCUCCAUUCUGAAGGAACGCUAAUGCACUUUACGGCUCGGCUCUAGUACCACUUUUAGCAUCGCUAGUUAGUUUUGAGGCUGGAACAGACGCACGCUCCGCCUGAUGGAUCUGCAGCUGGGCUGCGUGUAAGCACUUCACAGCGGCUCCCGGCCCCUCUGGUUGCCCUCCGACCUCAGCCACUCCCGCUUUGGCCUCGGCCAGGCACUCUGAGAUGAGCCUCUGGCAGGCGGAAUCCUUCAGCUGUCUUUUUACGUGACCUGGACAGCGUCAGGACUGUGGCUUUAAGUGUUUUCUGCUUCAGUCAAGAGCCGACUGUGGGAAAGCCAAACAGAAAACAGAAACAGGAUCUUCCGGUGCCGGCGCACCACCUAUGUAUUGUUGCAGUGCGCAGCAAAGUAAAAUGGACUACAAGCGUCGCUUUUUGCUCGGCGGGUCCAAGCAGAAAGUGCAACAGCACCAGCAGUACCAGAUGCCUGAGUUGAGCCGGACCCUCAGCGCCUCCUUGGCCUCCUCUUGCGUGGCGUCUUCGCCCAUGGGAAUGCCUGGCGGCUGCCACCCGCCUCCCUCCUCCACCACCUCCACCUCCUCCUCCUCCGCCGCCACCACUGCGGUCGCAGACAUCCAGCAAGGCAUCUCCAAGUACUUGGACGCCCUCAACGUGUUCUGCCGGGCCAGCGCCUUCCUCACAGACCUGUUCAGCAGCGUGUUCAGGAACUCUCACUACUCCAAAGCAGCUAUGCAACUGAAGGACGUGCAGGAACACGUCAUGGAGGCAGCCAGCAGGCUGACGGCGGCCAUCAAGCCGGAGAUCGCCAAGAUGCUCAUGGAGCUGAGCGCCGGAGCCGCCAACUUCAAGGAUCAGAACGACUUCAACCUGCAGGAUGUCGAGGUACUGGGCCGGUGCUUCUUGACAGUGAUGCAGGUCCACUUCCAGUUCCUGUCGCAGACGCUGCAGAAGGUCCAGCCCGUGGCCCAGUCCUGCCUGGCAGAGGCCCUGGCUCAGGCCCAGGAGCGCUCCGCCAACGCCCGCUCCCAAAGUGCCGAAAUGGGGCCACUGACGGAGCUGGAGGAAGCCUCCCGCUCGUGGAAAGGUGCAGCGGAGGCCACAUCGAGACUGAGAGAGCGGGGUCGUGACGGCUGCCUGGCAGGCCUCCAGGUUCAGCAGCUCUUUUGCUCCCACAACACCAACAUCCCAGAACACCAGCUGAAGGAACUCAGCAUGAAGACAGACAACGCGUUACAGGCGUACAAAGCGGCGCUGGAGAGUCUGGGCCACAGCGAGUAUGCCCUGAAGGCUGGCUUCCACCUCAACCCCAAAUGCGUGGAGGCGGCCUUGCAGGGCUGCUGCAGCGAAGCAGAGGCGCAGCAGGCGGGCCGGAUGCAGACCACCUCCCAGCCCAUCCAGUGCGAGCUGCCCACCAUUCCGGUGCAGAUCGGUUCGCACUUCCUCAAAGGGGUCUCCUUCAACGAGUCAGCGGCAGAGAACCUCAAACUGAAAAUGCAAACGAUGCUGCAGCUCAUUAAGGAGGCACUGGGCCAAAAUGGGGUGUCCCCCAGAGACGACUCCCCCGUCACCGAGGUGCUCAACCAGGUGUGUCCAUCCAGCUGGAGAGGGGCCUGCAAGACGGCCGUCCAGCUGCUCUUUGCUCAGGCUGGGCUGGUGGUGGUUGAUACGGCUCAGAUAGAGAACAAGGAGUCCUACGCUCCUCAGAUCACCCUAGAAGGAUCCAGGCUGGUGGUCCAGGUCCCCUCCACAUGGUGUCUGAAGGAAGACCCGGCAACAAUGUCUUUGCUCCAGCGUAGCCUUGAUCCAGAGAAGACUCUGGGACUCGUUGAUGUGCUCUACACUGCAGUCUUUGACAUCAAUAGAUGGAAGGAGAGGAAGGAACAAUCUUUGCCGACUAUUCAGAUUCAACUCCAGCGGGAGAGCCCGGACUUCGGCGGCCAUGUGGAUCUACCGCCGGGCGCCAGCUCCAAGUCCUCCAGCGGCCUGCCCAAAACCAUCUCCAAGCUCACGUCCAAGUUCACCAAGAAGGCGUCAUCCAGCUCCAACAGCGGGGGCAGUUACUCCAUCCCCACCACCCCCUCCCGCAGCAUGCUGAGCAGCGGCGGGUCCGAGGACAAGGCCAAGAGUUUGGGCCGCAGCGAGGGGAGGCUGCACAGCAUCCUUCAGAUGGGCGGUCUCUCCUGCGCCCCCGACGCCAGCCAGCAGAACCCGCUGGCUAAUGGUCUCGGCUGCGACGACCAGGGCAUGAACCUCCCCACCGACCAAGAGAUGCAGGACGUCAUCGACUUUCUCUCAGGGUUCAACAUGGGCAAAUCCCAGCAGGCCUCCCCCCUCGUCAAGAGGAGGAACUCUGUGGCAUCCGCAAACCCAGCCGAGCUAAAACCCCCGCCUGGACCGUCGCCGACAUCCCCGGGUAUAUCUCACAGCGCCCUGCCGCCCCUGAGCCAGACCCUACCCCAACCCCAGGCUCAGGCUCCGACAUUAGUUCAGAAGCAGCAGCCAAAUGCGACAUCGCAGCAGCAGCCGCCCCCGCCUGCGCCCCAGCAGCCCUCCCCGCAGGCCCUCCAGUACUACCAGCACCUCUUGCAGCCCAUUGGCCAGCAGCAGCAGCAGCAGCAGCCGCCGCCCCCUCAGCUGCCUCCCCAACAGACACCCCAACAGGUCCUACCCCAGCAGAGAGCGGCCAGCAAGUGGCUCGGCACAUCUAGCCAGCAAGCACCCCCUGGAGGGUUGUCACCACUGGGUCCCAUCGGACAGUGGGGGGGCUCCCCGGGGCUGCCGGACCUGAGCUCAGACUUGUACAGUCUGGGCCUGGUGAGCACAUACAUGGACAGCGUCAUGUCCGAGGUGCUGGGCCAGAAACCUCAGGGGCCGCGCAACAACACGUGGCCCAACAGAGAGCAGAGCGACGGCGUGUUUGGCGUCCUGGGGGACACGCUGCCCUUCGACCCCGCGGUCGGCUCCGACCCGGAGUUCGCCCGCUACGUCGCCGGGGUCAGCCAGGCCAUGCAGCAGAAGCGCCAGGUGCAGCAUCCCCGUCGCCCUAGCAACCCCCGCAGCAACUGGCCCAUGCCGGAUGAGCAGCACAGGACCUGGGGCCACCCCGAGUACUACAGCGAGGGAGAGGCCGUGAACAGCAGCUGGUCGGCCAAUCAGGGAGACUCGGCCAGCUCCAGCGAUGAGACGUCGUCCGCCAAUGGAGACAGUCUCUUCUCCAUGUUCUCUGGGCCGGAUCUCGUAGCCGCAGUCAAGCAAAGAAGGAAACACAGCUGUGGUGAGCCAGAAGUGUGCACGCUGCCCUCGCCGCCGCUCCAUCACAUGACCGACGACAGCCAAGAUAGCAAAACAAAAACAUGGCCUCCCAAAGCGCCGUGGCAGCACUCGGCCCACAGCAGCUUGACGGCGGCGGCGGGGGCGGCGGCCAAUCCCAGCUCUUCCUUGUACCAGAUGAACCUCCUGCCGCCGUCGUCGCAGUGGAGCGACUCCAUGCAGAUGCUCCAGUCGCCCGUAUGGUCGGCGGCCAGCGAGUGCUCGCCGGCGCCCGCUAUCUCCUCGCCUUUCCCCUUCGCCCAGCAGCAGCAGACGCAGCAGACGCAACAACAACAACAACAACAACAACAACAACAACAACAACAACAACAACAACAGCAGCAGCUGAAAGCCAUGAGCAAGGGCUUCAAGGCCUUCCCCUUAAAACACGAGCACAGGCCCUCCUUCCUGCACCAGUACUGACAAGUAAAUACUCAACACACUCAAAGUAUUUCUACACAACAGUACACACGACUAUGAGGGCCACACUCACAACUCUAACAGUACUACCGCCACAAUACAGUCGUAGUAAACAAGGCGUUUAAUCAAAUAUUAGGACUUUAUUCAUGUAGUAUACUAUUUUUCCCAACAAAAAAAAGCCCACACAACCAUGUUAAUCAAAUAUUCAGACUUUUUUUCUUGCGAAAACAUUACUUUUUUUUUCUUUGAAAAAAAUCGAAAUUAAAAAAAUUCGGAAUUUUUUUUUUUUUUUGUAAUAUCACAACAUUUAUUUUUGAAAUGGAACGUUCCACCAUUAAAACAAACAAAAGUAACACUUUAUCAUCAAAAUACAACUCAAAUAUUCAGACUUUUUUUCUUGAGAAAACAUGACUUUUUUUUCUUCGAAAAAAAUCGAAUAAAAAAAAUUCUGAAUUUUUUUUUGUAAUAUCACGAUAUUUAUUUUUGAAAUGGAACGUUCCACCAUUAUAACAAACAAAAGUAACACUUUCAGUACUACUGCCACAAUCCAGUCGUAGUAAACACGUUUAAACUUGAAAAAUACAACUUUUAUGCUGUACUUUUUAUUUCAAUAAUCAAAUAUUAGGACUUUAUUCAUGUAGUAUACUAUUUUUCCCAACAAAAAAAAGCCCACACAACCAUGUUAAUCAAAUAUUCAGACUUUUUUUUUUUGCGAAAACAUGACUUUUUUUUCUUUGAAAAAAAUCGAAUUAAAAAAAUUCUGAAUUUUAUUUUUGAAAUGGAACGUUCCACCAUUAAAACAAACAAAAGUAACACUUUAUCAUCAAAAUAUGACAGUUUUUUCCUUGGGGAAAUAAAAUGGCAUGACUUUUUCAUAAAAUACUUCAUUCCGGGGUAUUUUUCUUGAAUAAAUACAAAAAUAAAUACAAUAAAAGAAGUUUUUGUACUACGACUUUUUCUGGAAAAGUUUUAUUCUUGUAAAUUCAAAAUAUACAAAAAUAUGACGACUUCAAAUAAAGAAAAUUGACAAAUGUACUAUUAUGACUUGAAAAAUAGAGUUUUUUCAUAAAUGAUAUUUUUUUCAAUAGCAUUACAACUUUUUCUUGAAAAAAAAUAUUUACAUUUCUAUAUACAACUUUUACACAAACAUACUGUACUGACAUAUUUAUUCUCAUCACGGUUUGUAAUGAAAUACCAUAAGUUUUGUCGACUUUAGUCGCCUAGCGGUGCAACUUUAUUCUCGUAAUACGACCUAUUUUUCUUGAAAGAUGUGAUGUGAUGCCUUUUAAAAAAAAUAUGUAACAAUAUUCUCACAAUAGGAUUUUUUCGUGAAUGAAAUCUGACUGCAAAAUUUCGAUUUCAUUCUCGUAACAUCGUUCUUGUAAUAUUCUGACUUUGUUCUCAUAGCUUUUGCGACUUUAUUCUUGGAAUAUUUCUAAAGUACAACCUUAUUCUGGUGAUAUCUUGACUUAUUUUUCCUGACAAAAGUUACUCCGACUAGUAAAAAAAAAAAAAAAGUCAACAUUGACCGGAUUAUGCUUAUGCUUUUCGCGUAAAAAUACAAUUUUAUUCUCGCAAUAUUAUCACUUUUUUCUGGCAUUGAGUUUUUUUCUUCUAGUAUUCCAAAUAUAAAUAUAAAUAUAAAUAUUAUGACUUCUUUUGGGUUUUAUGUUUAGUUUUUUUACUCCAAUACAAUUUUUGGGGGGGGUAAAAUUCCCACUUUAUUCUAGUAAUACUCCGCGUUUAUUGUCGGCAUUUUUGCCAAUUUAUUCUAUUUAUUUAUUCAAUUUAUUCAUGAUAAAAGGACCUUCCAGCAUCGUUACUUUUUUUUUAAAAUACAUUUUUUUUCUUUAUAAUGUUGGCGACUUAUUAGAGUAAAAAAAAAAUGGUAAUGUAAUAUCAGAAUAUGAUUAAUUUGUCGUUAUUAUAAUUUUUUACCUUCUGGUAACAGUAUGACUUUUUUGUGAAAUCUGCCUGUAAGAGUCCGGAUUUAUUUUUGUAGUAAAAAAAUAAAUUUACGACUUUAUUCUUGCAAAUUUAUGACUUUUUUUCCUCGUAAAUCUACGACUUUUUUGUCGUAAAUGUAAAAAAAUCUCAACACUUUAAUACUCUGUCCUAACAGCAUAGCCUGAAACGGCUACAUGGGCAAAAGUAAUAUUACGACUUUUUUCUCGUAAAUUUACGACUUUAUUCUUGCAAAUGUAUGACUUUUUUUCUCGUAAAUGUACGACUUUUUUCUCAUAAAUGGAAAAAAAAGCUCAACACUUUAAUACUCUGUCCUAACAGCAUAGCCUGAAACGGCUGCAUGGGCAAAUGCAAUAUUACGACUUUUUUCUCGUAAAUUUACGACUUUCUCGACGUUCUCGAACUGCCUAAGACAGCGAUAUGACGUCUUACAUGAUAAUGGGCCAUGGGCAAAGGUAAUAUUGCGAUUUUAGUGUACGCGUUUUUCUCGUACAUCUACGAGAAAAAAAAUUGUAAAUUUACGACUUUAUUUUCAUAAAUGUACGACUUUAUUCUCGUACAGUUUUUUUUUUACUUUAUUCUCGCAAAUGUAUGUUUUUAGCAUUGUAAAGUGUCUUACUUUAUUCUAGUAAAGUUUACGGCUUUAUUCUCAUAAAUUUACGACUUUGCUCUCGAAAUCAGAUUUUUUUUUUUCAAUAUGUCCCAAAUACGUCGGCGUACGAAAAUGACUUUCGACUUCCGAAUUUGUGCCAAUUUUAUACUAGUAAAAAAAAAAAAAAAAGUGAUUAGAGUUUUGGUAUGUUAUGAGAGGGGGGAGGGGUAAUGUUCCGACAAUAAAAUAAUUAAACUAUUUUGACAAUUUCCCCCAGAAAAAAAUUGUCAUUUUAAAGAUUUUAUUUGGGUUUUUUUCUCUCGUAAAUCUACGAGAAAAAAAGUUGUAAAUUUACGACUUUAUUUUCAUAAAUGUACGACUUUAUUCUCGUACAGUUUUUUUUUUACUUUAUUCUCAUAAAUGUAUGUUUUUAGCAUCGUAAAGUGUCUUACUUUAUUCUAGUAAAUUUACGACUUUAUUCUCAUAAAUUUACGACUUUGCUCUAGAAAUCUGAUUUUUUUUCCCAAUAUGUCCCAAAUACGUCGGCGUACGAAAAUAACAUUUUCCGACUUCCGAAUUUGUGCCAAUUUUAUACUAGUAAAAAAAAAAGUGUUCAGAGUUUUGGUAUGUUAUGAGAGGGGGGGGUGGUAACGUUCCGACAAUAAAAUGUUGAAACUAUUUUGGCAAUUUCCCCCAGAAAAAAAGUCAUUUUAAAGAUUUUAUUUUAUUUUAUUUUUUUCGUAAAUCUACAAGAAAAAAAGUUGUAAAUUUCCGACUUUAUUUUCAUAAAUGUACGACUUUAUUCUCGUAAAUGUGUGUUUUUAGUGUUGUAAAGUGUCUUACUUUAUUUUAGUAAAUUUACGACUUUCUCAUAAAUUUACGACUUUUUUUUUUUCAAUAUGUCCCAAGUACGUCGGCGUACGAAAAUGACUUCCGACUUCCGAAUUUUUGCCAAUUUUAUACUAGUAAAAAAAAAGUGUUCAGAGUUUUGGUAUGUUAUGGGAGGGAGGUAACGUUCCGACAAUAAAAUGAUGAAACUAUUUUGACAAUUUCCCCCAGAAAAAAAAUUUCAUUUUAAAGAUUUAAUUUUAUUUUUUUUCUCGUAAAUCUACGAGAAAAAAAGUUGUAAAUUUACGACUUUAUUUUCAUAAAUGUACGACUUUAUUCUCAUACAGUUUUUUUUUUACUUUAUUCUCGCAAAUUCCCCCAAGAAAAAAAUUGUCAUUUUAAAAAUGUUAUUUUGUUUUUAUCGUAAACUUGACAAAUCGACAAAUAAGUUUCUAUAACUUUAGAACUGUUUUUUUCCCGUUUUUUCAGUGUGGCCCUCGUACUCCUGUGUACUCCUGUGUACCUACUCCCCCCCAACCCCCCAACCCCCGAGUCCCCAUGCCUUGAUGACUAAACAGGCGGCGGCCCUGGUGUUGGUUUCUCUGUCUGCGGCGGGCAGUGGCGCCCCCCUCAGGCAAGAGCUGGAGACCGCUUGAAACGACGUAACGUAACGUAACGUAACGUAAGCUGUAACUGCCAAAAUGUACGGCCAUUGACGAAAUACACACUUUUUACCACGAGGCUUUGAGCGGGCUCAGCACACGUUAAUGGACACUACUACUACUACUACUACUACUACUACUACUACUACUACUACUACUAUAAGUAUAGUUUUUUUUUCUCUUAUCCAAGCAGCAACAAAUGUGCCAUGUUGGAAUCGACCAUAGCACUUCAGUCCUCGGGGCGUCCUUUGCAACCAAAGCAGGAGAUAUGAAGUUAGCGCUUUGACACCAACUCUUCUUCUUCUUCUUCGUCUUCUUCUUCUUCUUCGUCUCCACGUGUGUCGUCGUUUCUCUGGUCCAAGUACUGACAGUAUUACUUAUUUUUCUAUUUACCACGACUGUAUGUCCUCCUACAGCAAGAGAGGGAGAGAAUUAUUAUUUUUUUUUCAACUGUUAUUUUCCCGCUGAUGUGAAAAAAAAGCGCAUUUUGUCCUCCAUCUUUACCAAAAAAAAUAAGAA